AUGGGUUGCUUCUACUUGAGAGAGAGAAACAAGACCAAGAAGCAAUCAAUGUCAUCCCCUACACUAACAGUAGACAAGGAUGGCUUCAAUGAUGAAAUGUCCCAGAAGGCCAACAAAUCAUGCAGCUCGGUUGUUGCUGCAUCACCGCGGAGCAUACUGGAGCUAUAUGAGGGGCGCGCGCAUGAACUCCGUUCUUUUCGCCUCGCUGAGCUGAGAAGUGCUACUAGUAACUUCAGUAGAGAUCUCAAGAUAGGGGAAGGAGGUUUUGGGAGUGUGUACAAGGGCUUCCUGAAAACUUCUCGCAGCCAAUUGGGGCUGAGGAAUGACAAUGGCAAUUUGGUGGUGGCUGUCAAGAAGCUCAAUCCUAAUGGAAUGCAGGGUCAUAAGCAGUGGCUGGCUGAAGUUCAGAUCCUUGCUGUCGUGGAUCACCCUAAUCUUGUCAAACUCCUUGGCUAUUGUGCCACUGAUGAUGGCGAACAAGGUCCUCAGAGACUUCUUGUGUAUGAGUUCAUGCCUAACAAGACCCUAGAAGAUCAUUUGUUCAAUAGAGCAUACCCAACUCUUCCAUGGAAAACAAGGCUUAGCAUAGCCUUGGGCGUUGCAAAGGGACUGCAUUACUUGCAUGAAGGAUUGGAAAUUCAGGUCAUAUACCGUGACUUCAAAUCAUCUAACGUGCUGCUAGAUGAGGAAUUCAUACCAAAACUCUCAGAUUUUGGAUUAGCAAGGGAGGGCCCAGUGGAUGGACAAACUCAUGUGUCCACAGCGGUGAUGGGCACGUACGGGUACGCGGCGCCGGACUACGUGGAGACGGGCCGCCUCACAGCCAGGAGCGACGUCUGGAGCUUCGGCGUCGUCCUGCUCGAGCUACUCUCCGGCCGCCGCGCCUUCGACCGGGCCCGGCCACGCGGCGACCAGAAGCUCGUCGACUGGUCGCGCCGCCACCCCGUCGGGACCCGGUGGUUCUCCAGGCUCCUCGACCCGCGGCUGGAGGGGAGGUACCCGUACCGCGCCGCGCAGGACGUGGCGGCGCUCGCGGCGAGCUGCCUCGCCGAGCGCGCCGGGGAGCGGCCGUCCAUGGCGGAGGCGGCGCGGGCGCUGGAGCGCGCGGCGCGGCACGAGGAGCUGGACGGGCCCCCCGAGCCGCCGGAGGAGGGGUCACCGCCUCACCGCCACGCCGGCUCCUCCCACGCGGCGACACAGGAGUUGGUGGCGGCCGCCCGGCGGCGAUGGACGCACCUGGCCAAGCUGGCGGCUGAUGGCGCGAACGCCGGCGCCGCGCCGCCGCGGAGGCUCGUGCACAUGAAGGCGGCAGCUACAUGCAAUGCAGCGUGCUGAGGCUUAUAUGUAAACUACUGUAAUUCAAAUUCUGUAU